AUGGCUGCCAAGCGCGUCGCUGUUAUUGGGGGCGGUUUUGCUGGCCUGGCAGCUGCCAAAGAGCUGUCCGAAGCUGGGGUGCAGGUGACGCUGGUGGAGCAGGGCCGCGGCCUCGGCGGCCGCGUGUGCUCGCGGCGCGCCUCCGUCAGCGGCGGGCACCCAAUCACAUUCGACCACGGAGCGCAAUAUUUGACAGCAAAGGCGCCCGACUUCGCGGCACUGCUCAAAGAUCUGGAGGCGUCCGGCGUGGCUGCUCGCUGGGGCGCUGACGGCUCCGUGGGCGACGUGUCCAUCGGCCCCAGCGGCGCGCUCGAUGCUGCGUCGUUCAAACCGUACGACCCGACAGCCAAGGCGCUGUACGUAGGCACCCCGACUAUGAGCGCCGUCGGGCGCGCGCUGGCGGCCGUGGUGGCGGGGCCUGGGACCGACAUUGUAACGGGCACGCGCGCAUCGGCGCUGCGGCGCGGGCCCGGCGGCAAGUGGGGGCUGCAGCUCGACGGAAGGGUGGCCGGCGGCGACGCCGAGGCCGCGAGGGCUCGCGCGUCUGGGCUGGAGUUUGACGCCGUAGUCACGGCGAUGAGCGCCAACUCAACGCGCCGCCUGCUGAGUGGGGUGAGCGACGCGGCGGCCGGCGACGCGGCCGACAUACGCGCCAACGGUGGGCGGGGGGAGGAGCUGGGCGGCGGGUCUGCGGGGGAGAUGGGGCGCGGCUGCCUGCAUGUGGGGGAAGCUGUCUGCUGGGCGCUCAUGGUCGCGCUCGCCAAGCCGAUAGGCCUCCCAUUUAAUGGUGCCCUUGUUUCCGUCGACCGCACAACUCCCGGCAGCCAACCCCACGACGACAUCAGCGGCAGCGAGGCCCCCGCCGCAGCCAUAGCAUGGCUGGCCCGCGACUCCUCGAAACCCGGCCGGCAGCUGCCGCCCGGCUGCGCGGAGGCCUGGGUCGCGCACGCGGCCCCAGACUGGAGCAACGCGCGCGCGGGGGCGCCGCGGGACGCGGUCGCGCGGGAGUUGCUUGCGGCCUUCUUGGCGGCGGCGCAGGGCGGCGGCGGCGGCAGCGGCAGCGGCAGCGGCGGGGGCGCGGGCGCCGUGACGGAGGAGGACGUCUUGUAUUUGGAAGCGCACGCCUGGAGCAACGCCUACCCGCUCAACCCGCGGAAGCCGCAGCCGGUGGAAGGCCUGCAGGGCAGCAGCGGCGCUUUCGUGCUUGACAAGCCCAACCGCAUUGCGGCCUGCGGCGACUGGUGUCUGGGCCCGCGCGCGUCCGACGCGUGGGCCAGCGGCCGCGACGCGGCGCGUGCGGCGCUGCAGCUGCUGCUGUAG